CAGCACCGGGGGUCCCCGUGGGGUUGGGGUCUGUGGGUGCAGGGGGUGCCUGGAGCCGUGGGUGCCCGUAGGGAUGGGGGCUGGGGGUCCCACGCACUUUGAGCUACCAAGGGAGUAGGGGUUGUGGACCCCACGGUGCUGUGGGGUGGGAGCUGUGGGGUCCUGUGGGGCUGGGGGCUGGGGGUCGUGGGGUGCCCGAGCGCUGUGGGUCCCAUUGGGAAGGGAUCCGCGGGUCCCCAGGGGCUGGGGGUGACGGGGAGUCCCGUGGGGACGGGGCCCCGCUGCGCCGCCCCGCCGGUGCCCCGCGUCUGUGGGGCCGCCGGAAUCCUGGAAAAAGCCUGGAAAUGGUGAAAGCGCCUGCCCUUAUAUGGCUCCGGCGGGAUCUCCCGCCUCCGGCCGGCCACAGGCCUGGGAACGCGCCGUGGGCCGUGCCCGGCUCCCACGCAGGAUUUUCCCCCUGCCUCAGUUUCCCCCUCCCGGCGGCCACCUUUGGGAUCCGGCAUUUCGGGGCCCGGCGGGGGGCACCCGGCUCAGCCCCGUGGGUUGCGGGGCGCAGCCCCCGCUCGGGUCGGGGUUAAUCUCGGCGCCGAGGCUUUGGCGGCACCGGGAGAGGGGGGGCAGGAUAACCCCCCCAUGACGCUGGCCCCGCGCCCUAAUCCCGGCGCUGAGCGGAUUAGGGCGGCCGGGGGCGGGCGAUGGUGGCCGUGGGGCUGGGAGCCACGGCGGCCUGGGGCUGCCAGGGGGGUAUUUGGGGAGCUUGGGGGGCCCCGAAUCCCAAAACUCCCUCGAGCGACGGGUGCCCCACGGCCGUGCCAGCUGCCCCGGUGGGCUGUGGGGGGCACGGUGCUGGGUUUUGGGGGGCUCCCUGUCUGCCCGUGGAGGGCGGCGGCGGCAGGAUGCGGCCAUGCGGCACGGCGGGCGCGGGAGGAGUCGGAGGGAACCGGCUGGACUGGUUCAGGUCCCGUUUCCCCCCCCCUACACCGCUACCGGGAACGGGAAUGGGGGGGUCCGGGUGGCCCCGGCACCGCCACCGGCACGUGGCCCGGCUCAAGGUCGCCCGCCGCCCGCCGGCACCGUCCUUCCGCCAGGAGCCACGGCCCUCGCCGUCUGGGCUCGCUUCCUGCCCCGGUGCCACCUCGGUGACCCGGCACCGAGCUCUCCGCCGAGGUGCCCUACGGCUCACUGGGUCACCCCGGGGUCUCCGCUCGCCCCCAGCCCCCGGGGAUGCCGGUGCCCGCCUGCCCGCAGCACCCUGCCCUCGGCGAGGUGCCGGCGGCUCCCACCCGCGGCAUGGAGGAGGAGGAGGAGGAGGAGGCGGCGUGCGACGGCGAGGAGCCCUGGCUGGCCAACAGCAACAACAACGCGGCCCCGGGGGGGCGGCCGGGGGCGCAGGGCGUGCGCCCCCUGGGCCAGGAGCCCUCGUACCUGCAGCGCGUGCUGCUGGAGAUCGUGGAGUCGGAGCGCACAUACGCCCGCGACCUGCGCGGCAUCGUGGAGGGCUACCUGGGGAAGAUCAUCGACGCCGAGGAGCCGCCGCUGCGGCCGGAGCAGGUCAGCGCGCUUUUUGGGAACAUCGAGGACAUCUACGAGCUCAGCAGCAACCUGCUGCAGAGCCUGGAGAGCUGCGCCUGCGACCCGGUGGCCGUGGCCGUCUGCUUCGUGACGCGGAGCCAGGAGUUCGACAUUUACACGCAGUACUGCAACAACUACCCCAACUCGGUGGCGGCGCUGAGCGAGUGCAUGAGGAGCAAGCAGCAGGCGCGCUUCUUCCGCGAGUGCCAGGAGCAGAUGCGGCACGCGCUGCCGCUGGGCGCCUACCUGCUGAAACCCGUCCAGAGGAUCCUCAAGUACCACUUGCUGCUCCAGGAGAUCGCCAAGCACUUCGAGCGCAAAUCGGGGGAUGACUACGAGGUGGUGGUGGAGGCCAUCGACACCAUGACCUGCGUGGCGUGGUACAUCAACGACAUGAAGCGCAAGCACGAGCACGCCAUCCGCCAGCAGGAGAUCCAGUCGCUGCUGCUGCAGUGGAAGGGGCCGGACCUGACCAGCUACGGGGAGCUGGUGCUGGAGGGCACCUUCCGCGUGCAGCGGGCGCGCAGCGAGCGCGCAGUCUUCCUCUUCGACAAGCUGCUCCUCAUCACCAAGCGCCGCGGGGACCACUACGUCUACAAGAGCCACAUCCUGUGCUCCUCGCUGAUGCUGAUCGAGAGCACGCGGGACUCGCUCUGCUUCAGCGUGGCGCACUACAAGCACAUCAAGCAGCAGUACGGCCUGCAGGCCAAGAGCGUGGAGGAGAAGCGCGUCUGGACCCACCACAUCAAGCGGCUCAUCCUGGAGAACCACCACGCCAUCGUCCCCCAGAAGGCCAAGGAAGCCAUCCUGGAGAUGGACUUGUUCCACCCCCCGCGCCUGCCCCGCUACAGCCCCGAGCGCCUGCACCGGAGCCGCUCCUGCCAGCCUCUGGACCAGCCACGCCACGGCCGCCGGCAGUCGGAGCCCUUCGAGUGCCGCGACCGCGCCGAGACGCUGCCGGACCGGCUGCAGGGGCACGCGGGGCGCCGGCAGUCGGAGCCCGCCAAGCAGAUCCUGCGGCAGCUGGGUGAGCACGGGCUUAAGCACGCAGGCAGUGAGGGGACCCUCCUGGAGGCGGGGGAGCCCCCACAGCCCCCCAGGGCCUGGGCUGCAGCUGGGGGCGUCGUGGAGGAGGAGGAGGAGGAAGAGGAGGAGGAAGAGGAGGCUUUGGGCAAGGACAGCCAGGAGGAGCAGGACGGGCACGGGGACAAGGAUGGGGACGUGGCAGAGGAGCCCCAGGAGGAGCAGGGGACCCCGGCAGGGAGCUGCGAGUGGCACCACGAGGUCGCCGCCACCCCGGCGUCACCGGUGUCCCCGCUGCGCACCGGGGAGCUCGGCGAGGGGACGGAGACCCCCGCGCCCCCCUCCCCAUCGGGGACCCCCCCGCCGGGGCUGCCCGACGGGGAGGGCGACCCCGAGCAGCACCCGGAUAUGGAGGCGGGCACCGGGGAGGACCCGCGGGCGUUGAGCAGCGAGGAAGAGGAGGAGGAGGAGGAGGAAGGCCACGGGGAGGGCAGCAUCCUGCCCCCCUCGGUGCUGGACCAGGCCAGCGUCAUCGCCGAGCGCUUCGGCAGCAGCCUGUCGCGCCGUGGCAGCCUGGCGCUGGAGGGGCGCAGCGGCAGCACCCUCAGCCUCGACGGGCCCCCCCCGGAUAGCGGGGCGCCCCGCAGCCCCCCGCCGUCCCCAGAACCCCCCCCUCCCACCCCCCGGCGCCGCUCGCUCCUCUCCACCCAGGACCUGCUGCUGCUGCGCAAGAUCCGGAGCUACUACGACAACGCCGAGCACCAGGACGCCGGCUUCAGCAUCAAGCGCCGCGAGAGCCUCUCCUACAUCCCCAAGGGGCUGGUGAGGACCUCGGUCUCCAGAAUCAACAGCUGGCCACCCCCGGAGCCAGCGAGCCCCAAAACACCCCCGGAACCAGCGAGCCCCAAAACGCCUCUGGAACCAGUGAGUCCCAAAACACCUCCGGAGCCGGUGAGCCCCAAAACGCCUCCAGAGCCGGUGCUGGCGGUGGAUGGAGCACCCCCUGCGUGCCAGGAGAACGGGCUGCAGCCCCCCGCCGAGCCGCUGCUCAUCAGUAGGAGGGCGACGUUGGUGCCUGGGGACCCCCCGGGGGUGCUGGCACUUGGGAGCCCCCCCGGGCGCCCCGCCACCAGGGUGUACCAGCUGGCCCGCCAGUACAGCCUGCGCAUCAAGAGCCGCCGCCGCCGCGCUGGCCUUCCGCUCGGGGACAGUGCCACCCACACCAGCACCCCAGGUGGGACACUUUGGGAUCGGGGGACCACGGGCACCGUCACCUUGCCACCACCCCGCUCUCACCCCUCUCUUUUUUCCCCAGGUUUGCCCAAGCCACCCGUGUCCCCAGGGGACUCCGUCACCCCCACGGUGUCCGGUGCCCCCCGCAGCCCGCCCAGCCCCGGCGGUGGCGGCACCGAGCCCUUCUCCUGGCCAGACGUGCGGGAGCUGCGUGCCCGUUUCGGCGCCCCGCGGCCACCGCCGGUGACCCGCAGCCGCUCGGCACCUGAGGGGCCGGGACGUGGGGGGCGUCCGGCGGCCAAGGAGCGGGGUGGGGGCCGCAGCCGCAGCGCUGAGGCGGGCGUGGGGACCCCCGACCCAUGGCGCGGUGCUGGUGGCGGUGGUGGCCACCAUCACCACCACCAGCAGCAGCCCGGGGGGCUGUGGGUGACGGCGCAGGCACCCCUGGGCCCCGGGGGGCAGCGGGUGGUGGUGCUGGAGAGGCUGCCCCCCCCUGCUGCCACCGAGCCCCCCGCCUACGUGCAGAUCCGCUCGCCCACCACCCGCGAGAAGAUCUGCCUGAAGGCGGUGGUGGAGCGCUGCAAAGCCUACCAGGCUUCCGAGGAGUACCGGCGGCGCUGCCCCCCCGGGCAGGGUGAGCCCCCCGAGCCUCCCCGGCACGGCCUCGUCAGGGACCUGCGGCAGAAGUUUCAGACCCUCGACGCCGCCAGCUAGGGGGGGCAGCUGGGAGAUGGGGCGCCCUGUGGAUCCCCAGGAGAUGGGGCACCCCAUGGACCACCAGGAGAUGGGGCACCGUGUGGACUACUGAGGGAUGGGGCACCCCAAAAAUCCCUGGGAGAUGGGACACCCCAUGGACCACCAGGAGGUGUGGCACCCCAUAAAUCCCCGGGAGAUGGGACACCCUGUGGACCACCAGGAAAUGGGGCACCCCAUAAAUCCCCAGGAGAUGGGGCACCCCAUGGAUCCCCAGGAGAAGGGGCAUCCUGUGGACUACUGAGAGAUGGGGAGGCUCCAGCUCACCCAGGACAAGGGGCACCCCGUGGACUCACAGCUCACCUGAAAGAAAGAGCCCCCCAUGGCCCCCAAGGAGGUGGACACCCGAUGGAGCCCAGCUUGCCCAGGAGAUGGGGCACCCCCGGGCCACCAGGAGAUGGGCAACUGGACCCCAAGAAGAAGGGGCACCCCGUGGUCCACCAGGAGACUGGACUCCCCCUGGCCCCCACCCCGCCUGCCAGAAGGGCCCCCCCCCAAGCGCACAGCCCCGGGCCCGCCUUGCUUUGACAUCUUUAUUACAAAAAAGAAAAACCCAAA